AUGAAAACGAUGUGCAGAUCGAUUUUGGAAUAUUUUACUAAAAAAGUAAAAGGUAUAACAACAUUUGUAUUUAUAGAAGAAAUUGCUUUAACUGAUCUUUCAACAAGUUCUCGAGACGAAGCUCGUGAAGCAUCUUCUGUACCUCAAAUUACUCCUCUUGUUAAUCCAUUAAAUAGUAUUCAUAUUAAAAUUGUCAAACAAAAAAGACAAGGUUUUCUUAAUUUAAUGUUUUAA